CAUUGGAGGCUUUCCAAGAAUUUAUCUGAGGCUCUUAACGCAUCAAAAAAUUUAAUUAAACAAAUGUCAAUAGCUUCGGACGCGCAUGUUAAAUUUCUUAAGGAUCCAUUAUUUAAAUUAACUAUGAAGUUACCACUAUGCAGACGUAUGGUUAUCAUACUUACGGCCAUUGCAAUAUCACCAUGUCAGAGAUUUAAAGUCACUAUUGAGCAACCUAAAGUAACACCUCUAAAUUAUGACUUCCGCUGGAAACAUAAAAUUCCACGGUUUAAAAAAGGAUCCAAUAAAUUAUUUCAUUGUGGUGACACAUUCCAGAUUCUGAUGAGUACAAGUCCAUAUUACAACAAGGUUUCUGUUAACGGGCAGAUUAAGAAAACCUUCACAAAUCGACGUUAUGUCCAAGGGGGACAACUGAAGAUUCUAGGAAAUAUUGAGAUCAUGUCCCUCGAAAUUAAGUAAAGCUUUGUUCAAAACUGCCUAUCCUUCUUCUAGGUCCAGAGACAAUAACAAACAUUAAUGUAUUUCGAAACACUUUACCUCUCAUAGAAUAGAAACGAUUCGCUAAUAGUAGGGAUGAUGAAACCUCUGAAUAAAUUUGUGAUUCUUUCAUCGUACGAGGAA